AUGUCUAAGACACCUCCGUACAAAACGGGGCGUGGAAUUCACGAUAUUGACCAUAUUACUGCUCACGCAGUAUACCUAUUGAAGAAUGAGGUUGACAGAAUUAUCAGCUAUAAUCCUUGGUCAAUAUCAUGGGUUAGAGAACACGAUAAACCUAUUCUUUCAAGAGGCGCUAAAAAAUUUAUUGACUUUAAGAACAGUGAUUUAUUUUCAUGCGAUGUUGACUAUAGGAAUAUUGUUCAGAAGGAAGCACAUAAGUUAAGCAAAGUCAUCUAUAGACCUCCAGAAGAUAUUUGUAGCUCUGACUCAGACGCAAGACAUUUGAUACUAAAUCAAAGAGAGGCUGAGAAGUGGAUACAAAUCGCAAACGCUACAACUUUAAUCGCUUAUUCUGUCGUAAAUGCACACUUGGACCUUGAAGUGGACCCACAAGUGAGAACCACUCCACUUCCAGAUGUUAAGUCUUCCAUAUCAAAGAGAAAAAGAACAACGAAUCAUUCAAAGUCAAAGGAAGGAAGUUCUUCUUCUGACACUGUUACUACUGCUGCUACAUCCACAGUUGCUCCUACUGCUCCUACUGCUCCUACUGCUGCAACACCCACCAAUAUCCCCCCCAAUCCUACCGUUACUGAUCGUACAGUUACUGCACUUGCAGUAUUGUUAGCUUUUACUGCUGCUGCUCAAGGGCACCCUAUUUUAGAUGGCGUUAACACAAAUUUCAAAAUUAAUGACUCUGCGGCAGAAAGUGCUGACAAAGAACUUGGUGAUUCUUCAGAGGAAAAUGGUCAAAUAUUUUCUUCUGACAAUAAAGAAAGCUCUACUUCUAUUUCUCCAGAGGGCACUCCACCAAAUCCAACUCUUGUUGGAAAGCUACCAGUUGAAAUACAAGCGCCGGAAGUAACAGUGCGUAGGCCAAGGACUACAAAGGCUGAACUUCAAACUAAAAAAUUUGAUGCUAGCAUUACCUUAGAGGCUUAUUUGGUGAGAGGUUUAUCUUUACCACCUGAACCCUUAGCUGCUUUUGUUGGGAUCAGUUACUAUCAUUUCCAUAGAAGUUUCAAAAAAUAUGUUGGUGUUACGAUUGCCGACUAUACCAGCCUAUGCAGAAAAGUCUUCUAUCACAAUCAAGAUGAGAUGGAAAACUAUAGGAAUUACAAAGUUGGUUUUAAUAUGAUAACCUUGGGCCAUGGCAGUGUUGUCAGGGAUAAUAAAUUCCUAAGGGAUGAAUUAUUCACCAGUAUUCCAGACAGAAAUAUUGAAAAGACUGAUGUUCUUCUAUCAGAAUGCAUUAUAGCUUUAGAUGUCAAGAAAGAUAAUGAUGGCAAUAUCAUCAAAACCAAGAAAGGUGAAGAAAAUGAUAGAGGAAACAAAAGUAGAAGAGAUCGCCGUCAAAAUAUAAACAAGCUCUCUGUAACACUCAGAAAAUUCAGUGCCGCCGACCUUUUCCUGGGUAAACACCGUAAGGAUAAACAUGGGUAUAACAGUGAUCUUUCAUCAAGUCGUUACCUUUUUGAUAGUAAUACUAUUGGGAGAACAGUGGACCCACAACCCAUUAACACCUUUGUGGCAACCAACUCUGAAGACACAAACAAAAAUCCUAAAGAAAAUUCUGGAGUGAAAAGCACUACUCAGAAUCAUGUUGAUUCCAAAGACAACACUACUAUAGCCAUUUCUGAGAAUAGUAACGUUAUGGUUACUUCAAGUGUUGCUUUAAACUCUCAUAACGACUCCACUGUACUAUCGGAAGAUGAUAAUGAUAGAUUGGCGGAUAAACACAAUGAAACUGAUACAGGGAAAGACAACUCAAAAGAUGUCUCUUUAGAAACUAUGAGGACAACUCAGACAGAUAAUAUCAAUCUUUCCUUAGUAGAAAUUAUGCCAACCUUCCCAAAUAGUAUUGCUUGCGAAAAUAACAAAUUGGAUGGGCCAUCUACUAAACCGUUAGCUGAACAGAAUUUCAUCUAUUCACAAAGAGACCAGAUUACCCCUCCUAUUCUCAGUGUCAAUAACUAUUUUCUUCUACCUAGUAGUUGGGAAACCCCAAAGGAUUUGAUAAAUUGCAACAAUUCUGAACAAGGAAUGGAUAAAGCUUUGCUUGCUACUCCACCAAGUUCAACCGAGGCCCAAAACAUUCCUCUCAAUUCUUCAAGUAACGAAUCAAAUACAGAACAAGGUACUAGUUCAAAUUCAAACUCUUUCAGAGAGUCUCCAAGCUUUGAUGUUAGUGCAAAUGAAGAGUUGAUGGACUUCGAUAGUCUUUUUGAUUUCAGUAUGCCAUUUUUAGCUAACCAGGAUUUCCUUCCUGAGGAUUAUAUGAACUUGAAUGAAAAUGAUCUUGAUGCACUUAAUGAAAUCAAUUUCAAUUUAGACAAUAUUACUGAAAAUAAUGGAGACAAUGACAUUAAUAUGCAUUUGGCAAUUAAUGAAAACGACGCAGAUAUCGACAUUACGAACAAAAUUCGAAUUGAAGACAUCUGGGAGGAUCAUGAUAUUACCCUCGUAGAUGAUUUUGUUAGCAAUUCAGACCCUUUGACGUUAACAUAA